AUUCAAAAUCGAAAGUGAUUCAAUUCCUGCAGCCUCAGGUCCAGUCGCCGUUCGACCUUCUUUAGUGCAGCAUCGCCCCGGCGAAACGGAAGGUCAAUAACAACUUGUGAUACAGACUAAACGGUGAACGAAAAGCGUGAAUUUGGUGUGGUUCGAAGUGUUUGUUUGUGUGGAUCACAAAGUGUAUCAGCCAUAGUGACACUUUCCCAACCAGUACCCAGCCCCACCACCACCAGCAUCAGUGCGAUUGCUUUCCGAGGACCUUUCGAGUCAGUCGGUGACAAAAAUUGCGAACAUGGUGCGUCUGGUGGUUCUGUUGCUGUGCGUGUCGAUGGCGACGACGCAAAAACCGAGCAAUUUCAACUUCAAAGAGAAAGGUUUCAAAAGCGGGCAUAAUUAUGACAUAGACCCGCAGGUGCUGGAGAUCCAGCGGCAGAACCUGAUCACGCAGAAGAUCCUCCAGCGCUACCUGGAGCGGCGGCUGCAUCCGGGCCGCAAGCCACAGAUCCGCGUGCCAUCGGUGGAGGAAAUCUUACCGAAGCCCUUCGCCACCCUGCCGUCCGUGCGGGACGUCCGGCAGCAGAACCAAAGCAGAAACAGUAGCGACGCUAGUAGUAGUAGUAGUAGUAGUAAUAGUAACAGUAGUGGCGGCGGAUCCCGGUAUGAUCUGUUCGACGGCCGGCAGGGACGCAAGUACGGCGAGGAGCAAGAGGAGCAGGACUACGACGGGGACGACGAGGACGAGGAGGGCGGCGGUGACUACCGGGAGGGCCGGCUCGAUCUGGACCAGUACGACGACGAUGACGAGCUCGGUUCGUCCGCUCGGUUCGACAGCGCACGAUUCGACAUCGAGUCGCUGCAAUCGGGCGAGUCGGAGCACGUGGACUCGUUCUACCGCGACAAGCACUACCACCGUCAGAGAGCUUCCCAGCUCUCGGUGCCCGAUUCGGGUGAGUUUGACGAGAACGCCCUAGACGAAGACUUCGAGGACUAUCCGGAGUUGAGUGUGUUGAGUGAGAUCACCAACGAGAUCCGGCUGCGACAGGAGGCAGCAAAGGGGCAUGCCGACGGUGGCAGAGUGAAGCGACAAGCCGUCAACAGUCGCACGUCCCGCCGAGGGCGCGUCACGUUCCGCGAAACACCGACCAUCACUAAUCGGGUCGAUGCUCGAUAUUACACGUCGGACGACUAUGUCGACUACCCGACGACACCACGACUGAACAAGAAUCUCCGGGACAACUACUCCGAGUAUCGGUUGCUCUCAAAGAGCCGUGCCUCGGUGAAUGAGCCGGUCAAACCGAGCCGGCCACGUCCCACCUCGACGCAGACCACUCUGGCGCGGAACGCAGCUCGAUCUCGCAAUCGCAACACACUGAAGUCGCUCGCCUACAAACCGAACGUGUACAAUGCCAACAGCCGCCGGACGACGUUCACACUGUCCGCCUACAAUAAGGGACCGACUCGACCGGGAACUACACGCCGUACCGGAAAUUCCCGGGGCAGCUAUAAAGACGAGGAAGAGCAGCAGCAGGCACCGCAGGGCCGCAAGUGGAACCGCUUCGGACAGGCGGGCGCGACGGCACAGGACUGGCGUCGGAAGACGGUGAGCAUGGGCAGUUCGAACAUUCAACCAAGUACGGCCGCCCUCACGGUGACAUUCUUCCUGCCCACGGACACGACCGUGUCGGUGGUGGCGAACUCCAAGACCGAGAUCAGCCUUAUCAAAACGACCACGACGAGUAUCGAGGAGAUCUGCACCUCCUGCUUCUCCCUAACCCAGGGUCCCAAUGGACUUCCAGUGCAUGUGCUCAAUAAGGAGAUCACGUCCUUCAAUAACGACGGCCUAUUCGAGAUCACCAAGUUCAUCUUGAGCUCCACACCGACCACGACCGUCUCGGUGUCACAGAACACGUUCCGUGGUCGCUCCACCGCCUAUUCGGCUACCAUCUCCACCACCAUCUACGAGGCUACGCCUUUCGUGCAGACGCGUGGCAAACCGGCCGCCGAUCCGAACUCCGUGCUAUCUAAUGCUCCACUGGCGAAUAUCCUCCUGUCGCAGCUGCUCCUCGGAAAUCUGGGCGUCGGUCCGGAACCGAACUAUAUCCCACGCCCGACAGAGCUCCUUCCGGACCCGAACCGCUACCAGCUCGUGGUGACGACUGCCACCGACUACCGGACGCACGUUAAAGAAGUCGUCCAGACGCUCACUCAAACCAAGUCGAUCGUGCUGCCUAUCACCUUCCAGGGGCGCGAGAUACUUACGACCGUAUACGAAAGUGAUGUCACCAGCACCGUCAUCACAUCCUUCAUCACCGAAACGUUGACCAUUCCGACCACCUCCACCAUUCGUGUCCAGCCCACGGCAAACCCUGCGGAUGAUCUGUCCAACAAGCUGAGCCUCCUGUUGCCACUGCUCGAGGAACGCGAACGCCAGAACCGACUACUGUCCGCCAUCGAGCCCUCCCUACCGCUCGUCUCCACGACGCCCCCAACCAUAGCUCCAACGCCAACCGCCACCAGUGCCGUGUCGAAGGUGUACGUCUCUGGGCAGCAUCCCGGCGAGUUCAGUGUAUCGUUCACCACCAUCUUCAGCACGUAGUGGUGCGAGUCCACUCCCCGCACACCAGUACUUAGCAUCAUUCAAACCCUUAGGGUAACCUCUUCCUGGCCCAGCAAACGAAGAGUUCCCGGUGUUACUACUCCCCGCACUUUUCGUUUACUAUUCCAGAUUAAAGUAGACUAACUUUGGACCGCGAACCAAACUAUCACCCGCCCCGACGCACCGACGACCACUGAAGGUAGUUCCCAUCAACACCACCACGCCAUCGUUGACUUUGUUUUCCACUAUUCCAAGGGAGAUUG